UGGUCCCGGGGUGCCUCCCGGUACCGGACACACGGGGAGGGCGUGGAGCGGUGCGGGGGAAACCUGAGGGGAGAUGAGAGGACGAAGAGCGGCCUGAGGCCUAAUUUCCGGCGAAGCCUCCAGCACAGGCCGUAACCGCGUCCCGGGCACUGAUGGCUGAAGAACUGGCAAAACAGCUAGCUGGCUACAAAGCCCAACUGCAGCAGGUGGAGACAGCGCUAACAGCCAAUGGAGAGAAUGAGGACCUGCUGAAGCUGAAGAAAGAUUUACAGGAAGUUAUCGAAUUAACUAAAGACCUUCUGUCAUCACAACCUUCCGAAGCCCCCGACAGUUCAGAUGACGUCACUUCCGCAGGCGGCAGCCAUUCCUGGAAAGUGGGGGAGCGGUGUAUGUCCGUUUGGAAUGACGAUGGACAGUGGUACGAGGCUGAGAUCGAAGAGAUAGACGAGGAGAACGGCACAGCGGCCAUCACCUUCAUGGGUUAUGGAAACGCCGAAGUCAUAUCGCUGCUGAACCUGAAGCCGUUGGAGGAGGGACGGAAAGCCAAGGAGGACAGCAGCAGUCUUCCUAUGUCUAAGAAAGAAAUGAUUGCGCAGCAGAGAGAGUACAAGAAGAAGAAAGCCUUGAAGAAAGCGCAGAGGAUAAAGGAACUGGAGGCGGAGCGAGAAGACCAGAAAUCUAAGUGGCAGCAAUUCAAUAACAAGGCGUAUUCUAAAAACAAGAAGGGACAGGUGAAAAGAAGCAUCUUUGCCUCCCCCGAGAGCGUCACCGGCAAGGUCGGAGUGGGCACGUGUGGCAUUGCGGACAAACCGAUGACACAGUACCAAGACACUUCCAAAUACAACGUGCGGCACUUGAUGCCGCAGUAACACGCGUCAGACCCCCAGACCGGCAUUUACCUUUUUAUUGUUCUAUUUUUCUAAAACUAAAUUAUUUGUUGUCCUCUGAGGGAUCAGCUCGGCUCUGUGAUCAUUACUUGGUGUGAAGUGUGAGGAUGCUGGAAACUAGGGAGGCAGGUUUUGUGCUACUUCCACCCCCCGCGCAGAGCCCUGUGUGUAAUUUAUGAGGCUGCAUUAUGGAGCAUUUAACUCCUACCCAUCACCUAUAUGCAGCUGGGGGAGGGGGCUUCAUCCCUAUGAGAAAGCAACCUGUUUAUUCUUUGCGAUCUAGUGACACAACUGAGGCACAUGGCACCGCAGACCUCAUGCCUCUAAUAUACCUAGAAAAGCGACAGUCGUUUAGUGAGCAGAACCAGUGUUCAGCUGAUAUCCACUUUGACACUCUAACAAUCCCGCUGAUGAUACGUUCUUUGUGAUCAGGUGAAGGUUACACGCCUGCAGACUUUUCCAAAUUGCCGUGAGGCGGUGCAACGGGUGUCCGAGAAUUGUCAUUUCUCAAGUGACUCUCUUUUUUGUUUUGUUUUUUUGAGCGGGGAGUUAAGGAAUUCAGCAAAUUUGUUGGACUCUGUUCUGUAGAGUCUUUUGAAGCUCAGUUUUUUAUCUCCUAGAAAGUGUUUUUUGUUUUAUUUGGUCUGGAAGUGCAUCAGCAAGUGCACUGUAGCAAAAUCUGCGCUGCAGCUCCCAUUAGCGCGAUGUAAAAACAUGGUCGGGGUUCCGGGGGCACCCUACAGGAAUCCACGGGAAAGUAGUUUGUUUAAUGAACAAAUAUUCUAUUUUUUGGGUCACCUGUUCUUCACACAGAGCUCAGUUCAAACCUGGAAUUGGUUUCUUCGGGAGAGAGCUGGUAGCCUGGUGUGUUUUGUAGAUAACAUUUCUGUAUAUAUGUGUAGUUGGUUGUGUGAUGUUCCAGUCCAUGGGCAAAGAUUGACCUGUCCUCCGUUCUUGUGUAAAUAGGACGCCUGUACCCCCUGUAUUAAUGAUACCCUGUACAGAUUCCGAGAGGUUUCCCCUGCGAGUCAGCAGUUUGGUUGCACAACAAUGACUCAGUCCAGAUGCUAAGGAGCCAUCUUCUCAUUUUUUGUUUUUGAAUAGUCCUAUCCAGCCCUCCUAGUUCUUGUCAGCUUACUAUAUGGCUCUUAUUGUAUGAGACCGUCCCAUAUUUAUCCUCGCUCAUCUGCGGCGAAUGUGAGACGGCAUUUCAUAAUUUCCUGCCUCGUCUAGGAGAACGCCAUGCAGUGUGAAAGGGGCAGUUGGGGGGGUAAUUAGCAAGGUUUAACUUCCACAUCUGCAACAAGCAGGUAAACUAUUAUAUUGCUGGAUGGUGACUUUUGUAUUACAAGUGUGAUUUUCAGUUUUGUAUGUAUCUUUUUAUGAAAUAAAAUAUUUUAAAAGCCACAAAACACACACACCACUACAUCAGGGCCUACAAAAGUCACAGUAUUUUGUAACAUCGUGCAAUAAAUGCAAACUUCCGUGUACCGUA